UAUGUUCGGCGUGCGCGCUACCCUCAGUUGCGAAAAAUUUUUCAAACCAACCAUUUGAUAGCACGGGAAACAUGGAUGUUCAGGUAUUCGUAGAUCUGCAGAACCAGUUCGAUAGUGAGUCGUCGCUGCGCGAGGAGAUCUCCGCCGCAACCAAGGAGCUGCACAAGACGUGCCGUCUGGCAUCGGCCAAGCUGUCCAAGGCGCACGCGGUGCCCAAGACCCAGUCCAAGCAGGUCACCGACAGCGUCAAGGAGCAGUUCGCCACGAUUCACACCAACAUCGAGGCAAUUGCAAAGCAGGUCCGGCCCGUGACGUUCUACCGCUACCACGACAUGUGGUCGAUGGCUGUGCAGAAUGCGUGCGCCAUGGUCAUCUUCGCGGUGUACUUGGAGGAGUCGCGCCUAGCCACUGCCGCCGACAUCCAGAGCUACCUGGGCUACCGCGUCAACGUGACCAACGAGGAUGUGACUGAGUUUGUGAUCACGCUUGAGGAGUACCUGCAUGGCAUCAUCUCGCUGUUCAGCGAGCUGUCGCGCCUGGCCGUCAACUCAGUCAUCGUCAACGAUGUGCAGCGGCCCCAGGAGAUUUCGCAGUUUGCAUCCGAGCUGUAUGCCGGCUUCCAGCUGCUGAAUCUGAAGAACGACAGCCUGCGCCGUCGUUUUGACUCGAUCAAGUACGACAUCAAGAAGAUCGAGGAGGUGCAGUACGACCUGCGUGUGCGCGGUCUCAUUGCUUAGGCAGAUAGCCAAACAUUCAACUUCUAGUUUAUUCAAGGGCUUUCAAUAUUUGUUUACUCAGACUUGGGAGUGUU